AUGGACGGCCGCCACGCGCCACUCCGGCUCCUCGACCGCCACUCCGUGCUCCUGGCCGCGCCCUCCGAUGGAGGACGAGGUGUGCUCCAGCGACUCCAGCCUGUUCCGGAGGACGAAGAGACCUUGAGAAUAGCGGAUGGCAAGGUAACUUCGCGGUGUGCCUUGUAUGAUAUUCUCCAUGGUAAAAAGGGUGUCAAGGGAUCCCAGCCAGGACCAGCCUUAUCCUGGAUGCAGCGGGCUAGGAUCGCCGUAAGCGCCGCAAGAGGACUCGAAUUCCUCCACGAGAAGGCAGAGCCACGUGUCGUCCACCGUGAUAUCAAGUCCAGCAACAUAAUGCUCUUUGACAACGACGUUGCAAAGCUAGGAGACUUUGAUGUCUCCAAUCAGGCCCCUGACAUGGCUGCACGUCUUCACUCUACGCGUGUUCUUGGCACCUUUGGUUAUCAUGCUCCUGAGUACGCGAUGACUGGGCAGCUUAGCGCAAAGAGCGAUGUCUACAGCUUUGGAGUCGUGUUGUUGGAGCUUUUAACUGGUCGCAAACCAGUUGAUCAUACGCUUCCCCGUGGCCAGCAGAGCCUCGUGACAUGGGCUACGCCAAGGCUAAGUGAAGACAAGGUGAGGCAAUGUGUGGAUCCAAGACUUGGACAGGAAUACCCUCCGAAGGCUGUCGCCAAGAUGGCUGCAGUGGCUGCCCUGUGCGUGCAGUACGAGGCGGAUUUCCGGCCCAACAUGAGCAUCGUUGUUAAGGCUCUAGCGCCGCUGCUGAACAGCCGGUCAAGCAACAGGCCCGCCGCCUCAGCCUCUACCGCUGCCGUUGAGUGAGCUCCGAGUGGCUACAUGUGCUGUGAUUCAUUUUUCGACACGACGAUUGCGUGUACGCGACGAGCUGGUGAUGUUUAGGGCCUUUCGCCAUGGAUCUUGUGGGGUGGUUUGGUGUGAUGUUGUACAUUUUGAGGGGUGGUGCGGUGUGGUGUGGUGGGAUUUUCUUCAUCCCUGGACAGGGGGGACCUGCGCUGCGGUACAUUGUGGCAGGCAAUCCCUGCAUCGUUUGUGGCCUCUCGACCUCUCGUAGCCAGCAACAAUACACUUCAUGUUUGGUCAUUUCUUCCAUGGAAAUGGUUACUUCAAAGUGGACAAGAUCCUUCCAUUGAAAAACUA